AUGGCGGCUCCAUACGGCAAUGCUCCCGGACGACCCGGUAACCUGACACCGGAGCAAGAGAGCAAGCUGAAGGAGAUGUGGAUUGCUCUCUCCGACGUUGCAGGAAUCGAUCACGCGACCAACGGCGGGACUCGCUCUCGAGCAUCCUCCGACAUCAGACCCGACUCAUCAGGCGGCGACACCCCCAACAAAAGGAAAUCGCGCUUCGGCCUGGGUCGCAGCAAGAAGGACAAGUCAGAAGACACUAACGGUGUGACCAACGACAAGCACGGCCAAACGAAAGAGUAUGAGCAGGCCCUGGCUUCCCUGAGCCCUGAACAGAUACGCGAUGCUCUGUGGACCUUCUCCAAACAUGACGAUCCCGAUGCUUUGCUCCUGCGCUUCCUGCGAGCACGAAAAUGGGAUGUUCAGAAUGCGCUGGUAAUGCUCAUCUCAACUAUGCAUUGGCGAUUGGUAGAGCAGCACGUGGACGAUGAUAUCAUGCUUCGUGGAGAGGGACAUGCUUUUCGGGAAAGUCAAAGUUCUAAUGCUGCCGAAAAGAAGGAGGGUGAUGAUUUUAUGGCGCAGCUGAGGAUGGGAAAGAGCUUCUUGCAUGGCGUGGACAAAGCCGGGAGACCUUGCUGUUAUGUGCGGGUGAGAUUGCAUAGACAGGGCGAGCAGAGUGAGAAGAGUCUGGAGCGCUUCACCGUACACACUAUAGAGACUGCGAGGAUGAUGCUGAGACCCCCUGUUGACACCGCGACCAUCGUCUUCGAUAUGACGGACUUCUCCAUGGCCAACAUGGACUACACUCCUGUCAAGUUCAUGAUCAAAUGUUUCGAAGCAAACUACCCCGAAUCGCUGGGUAGCGUCGUCGUCUAUAAAUCUCCCUGGAUAUUUCAAGGCAUCUGGAAAAUCAUCAAAGGCUGGCUCGAUCCCGUGGUGGCAUCGAAGGUCCACUUUGCUUCAAACGUCUCGGAUCUGGAGGAAUGGAUUCCACGAUCACAUGUCAUGAAGGAACUAGGCGGUGAUGAGGACUGGACAUAUUCAUACCCAGAGCCCCGGGAGGGAGAAGACAAUGCUAUGCAAGAUACGCAGACAAGGGACAAGUAUCUAGAAGAGAGGAAGGACUUGGCGGACCAGUACGAAAAGGCUACGAGCGCUUGGAUGUAUGGAGGGGAUGAUGGAAAGGAUAGGACGGAGCUGAGUAGGAAGUUGGCCGAGAACUACUGGAAACUCGAUCCUUUCUUGAGAGCCAGAAGCAUGUAUGAUCGUACGGGAGUGCUGAAGGAGGGUGGGAAAUUGGAGUUUUAUCCUAAGCAAGCGCCUGCUACGGCGCCGACGGCCACUACUGCGGACAAUGAUGUGGACUAG